AUGUUUCGCAGUCUUAGUCGUCCUGUUUCUCGGUUGCAGGUUACAAGGAGUUCUCUAGCACGCCAAAUACAUCAAAUCACCACGGAUUUCGUUGCCCGUGAUAAAGUAGGCAAUUUGACUACCAAAAAGGUCCCUGUAUUCGUCGGCAAGAACCCUGAAGAUGCCUACGUGAUGAUUGAGACCACUGUUGGACAAGUCUUUCGAGACUGUAGACCGAAGACCUCGAAAGCUCUGCGGACGCCUGAAGACCAAUGCAAAUUGGCAUUUUACCAUGAUACGCAGCACUUUGGUUUUGCAGAGCCAGCGAGCUAUCCUCGACUCUAUCUUCCGAGUCAACUUCCUCGCCAAUCAGACUCGAAUGUCAGUCCCGCAACUCUUUGGCUGACUGGAAAGACGCAUCAAAUUGUCCUAGAUGGAACGCAAGAUGCUGAAUUUGCCGAGCACACUGCGGCUUCCUUGAAAGAACUAAAGCCAGUCCUUGAUAAACUAGCGCAUAUGUAA